UAUCUAUAUUUUUCUAUACUUUUCCUUUAUUUAAAGGUAUUAACUGUUAUAAAGUGAGAGGAAGAAGGGAAGUAUCGUCCUCAUCUCUUGAGAAAUGGAUCGGGAUUAUGAUAUGAGGCAGCAUUCCCUCCUGAAAGUUCCCGGGGCCAAGCUCCGCCUGAUGUGCAGCUAUGGAGGCAAUAUCAUGCCACGCCCCCGCCCCCACAACAACCACGACUCUCUCUACUACGUGGGCGGCGACACCCGCAUGGUGGCUGUGGAGCGUAACACCUCCCUGAAGGACCUCUGUGCUGGCCUCUCCAACACCCUUCUCCAUGGACGUCCCUUCACCCUCAAGUACCAGCUCCCCGAGGAGCAACUUGACAACCUCAUCAGCGUGGCCACCGAUGACGACCUCCAGAACAUGAUCCAAGAGUAUGACCGCUUGGCUUCUUUCUCUCCUCCUCUGCGUCUCAGGGUCUUCCUCUUUGUCUCCAAACUAGACACGGCGGCUUCCAUGGGUGCACUCCUGGACGAUGCCAAGUCCGAGACGUGGUUCGUGGACGCUCUCAACAACUCGGGGAUGAUGAAUAAUAUAUCUCGUGUUGUUUCUGAUUCUGCUGCUGUUGAUGAAUGUCUCCUCAGCCUUGUUGAUGAAGUCCCAGUCCCACAUAACACGGAGCAGGAAGUUAAUAAGCAGCAUUUGGGUGAUGGCAGCAGCAAGGUGAUGGACGAGCAUUUUGCACAACUCACGCUUGGUUUGCCUUCUCCUGAUUCUGUUGCAAGUGAUAGUAGCAUUGCAUCUGCAGCAAGUUGUUCAAUCUCAAAGGGGCAGGGGUUUUACUAUCAAGAACAACAAGUGGAUCCAAAUCAGAAUCAGCAGCAGCAAUUUGUGUAUAUCCAACCCCACACUCACAACACUGGACAUGGACAUGGACAAGUGACAAUGCCAACCUACCACAACACAGUGUAUGUAGUGCCAGUUGACAUUUCACAAGUGGCAACUAAUUACCCAACUAUGCUAACUACCCCAACCAAUGUACCUGACAUGCCUUCAACUCAUCCUGCAUUUCUUCAAACACCUUCCAAUCAAUAUCAGCAACAACGCUAUGUGCCUUUGCCUCAUCAUCCAAUUGCAGUUGCCACAACCAAUUAUGGGGGUGGACCUAAGCAAGACCAGCAACUAGUAUAUUACACACAAACGCAAACCCAGCAGCAGCAAUCCAGUGCUCCACAACCCCUUCAGUACCAAUCCAUGAUCCCAGCAGCCAAAGAGUUCCCUCUGUGAUAUAUACUAAGUAUGGACGGCAUUUUGUUGAUUUUGUACUCCGACAAUAAAUAAGGAUCACAUCUAUCUCCUCUUUCUUUCUUUCCUUGUAUGAAAGAUCAUGCAUGUUGUUUGCAAAUCCUGCUUAAUUAAUUUUCAGAUUUUAAUCUAUCUAUGUAUGGUUAAAUUUGAGUUGACAGUUCCAAUCGCCAAAAGUUAAA